AUGUCGGACAAUCCCGGGUUCCGACAAGAUAUGCCUCCUCCAGGGGGCUAUAGAAGUUUCAAUUACGGUCGCACGUUCCCAAAGCUUGUUUGGAGACCUGGUCUCGUAGUGGCCGCUGUAUUCGGAGCAACAGUUGCUGGUACAUUUCAGACUUUCGCUGCAAGGAAAGCCAGAGUGACUGAGAAAUUCGAAGACGUCGAUAUUAAUAAUGCAAUGGAACCGUUUCUUAUUGCCGAACGUGAUAGGAGUUGGCUGAAAUUGUUGAGGAAAACCCGGGAUCUAGAAGAUGAGGUUAUGAAAGACGUUCCUGGAUGGAAAACAGGAACAUGGUAUGGUGAGCCAGUGUACUUCACCCUAGGAGACAAGUGGUGGGAUCCUGCUUAUUUCGAGAUCUUCGCCCAUUCAGAACACGGCCAAUGGGCCAAAGAGCACACUUGGCGUCAUCACUCUGAUUAUUCAGCCCCGAAAUUUUACGACAAAUGGAUACCGGCAUCUAUUGCCAAAUAUAUCUGGUAG